AUGACGGCGAUAACUAAGCAAGUAGUCCAGAAGGCGAUCGAUGAAUAUAUCGCGGGGUUGCAGCCUUCUUUGCGGGAGUUGAAUCUUAAGAUCCACGGAAACCCAGAGUUGGCCUACAAAGAGUAUCAAGCCCAUGAUGUUCUAUGCGAAUUCCUUGAAUCUCAAGGUAUCCCAACUGAUCGCCAUGCGUACGGCUUGAAGACGGCAUUUGAAUCGCGCGUCGGUGAUCCUGCCGGGCGCUGUGUCAAUUUCAACGCCGAAUAUGACGCUUUACCUGGAAUCGGCCAUGCCUGUGGCCACAACCUCAUUGCGACCGCUAGUGUCACCGCAUUCUUAGCCCUGGCUUUUGCGAUUCAAAGGUUUAAUCUUCCAGGACAAGCACAGUUACUGGGGACACCCGCCGAAGAAGAAGGUGGAGGUAAAAUCGACCUCAUUCGGGCGGGAGCUUACGAAAAGGCCGAUGUAUCUCUGAUGAUGCACCCUAUCUCGGACGAAGAGCUUACCACACACAAUAUAUUAGGUAUUGCAGGUCAAGCAUCAAUCUCUUGUUAUGACAUCACCGCUGUGUAUCACGGCCAUAGUGCCCAUGCUGCGGUCAGUCCCUGGGAAGGUAUCAACGCCCUCGAUGCCGUGGUAGCCGCCUACAACAACAUCUCAAUGUUACGACAGCAGCUCCGCCCCGACGAAAGAGUACACGGGGCCAUUCUCCAAGCACCUAGCAUCACCAAUGCGAUUCCCGAACUCACCCGCACAAGAUACACCAUUCGCAGCCGUACAAUGGAGAGAACACGACAGCUCGGUACUCGAGUACGCCAGUGUCUGGAAGCGGGAGCCCUAGCCACCGGAUGCAAAAUUGAACUCGAGGAAGAUCAAAUAUAUGGUGAUCUUGUUGUGAACCCACCGCUCUGUAAGGGUUUCGCGGAGUGCAUGGAAGAUCAGGGAGUAACGGUUCUAGCGACUCAUGAGGACUUGAUGGCUGGGUCUACCGAUCAAGGGAAUGUGUCGCAAAUUAUGCCGGCUCUGCACGCUGUUGUCGGCAUUCCGGUUAGUAAUGGUGCUAAGAAUCAUACACGAGAUUUUACUGCUGCUGCUGCGGGUGAUAAGGCACAUCGGAGGACUGUUCUGGCUGGGAAGGCAAUGGCUAUGACUGGGUGGAGGAUUCUGGUCGAUGAGGAGUUUUAUCAGGAUGUGAAGGGGGCGUUCUCGGUGACGAAGGGGGUUUCACUCUAA